GUACCCUUGGCAUGGAUUUUAUUCAAGUGUGUGUGUGUCCAUCAAGGUGCGCAUUUAUGUCGCAAUUGAUUCCCUGCUGUUGUGAGUGAGCUCAUGAGAGUAUCCCCACUACCAGCUUCGAUCUUCGAUGCGACAAAAUAUCGUGGGAGCAGGUCGUUCCUCCGUGGAUGCAUUAUCAAACUCAAUAAAUUACAAAAAACUACAAAGACGGCUACCUAGUCCCGUCAAGGUACCUUUUUACUCUCUAUCGCCUAAUAUCAAGGGUCUGCUAGAUGAAGCUUUUGUAUGUUGAGGACAUAUUUGAGGGUAUUCCAGACAUACACCUGCUUUUCUCUCCUUGACCACCAAAGGAUUCUUAGUUAAAAAACGCAAGCCCUUGUCGCCAAGGGCUUCUACAUCGCCCCAAGCCACGACUGCGCAGUGUCGCUACCGCUUUAAGCGGUCUUGAGAUUCUUGUGGUGCUCCAUCUGUCGACAACUCCCAACUUUUGUGACCAUUGAUCUUAUGAAUCGCCGAGAGGGACUAUCGCCAUGAACGGGAACGAAAGUGGCGCCAACGGUGCGCUGGACGCCCCAGAAUCAGGCUUCAUGUUCGGAUCGAACGCCGACAUGGCUCAUAGGAGAAACAACAGCCAUGUCUCCGAGCAUAGCCUCAUGGGGCCUACGGACGAUGCUAGCAUGAACAACCUCAUGUGGAUGACCGAAGAGAUGCAGAGACAAAUGACGCCGGCAAACCAAGGCGAAUUCAGUACUGCGGCGAGCAUGCAGUCACCCAUGCCAUGGAACUUUGACGACUCGAUUCAGUUUGACUUCAACGACCUGGGCUCGAUGGCCCCGGGAUCUCAUCAACCACAGUAUCACCAGAAUGCUGGCAUGACUAGCGGACCAUCGGCCUACACUACUGGAUCAUCUUCCAUAACAACGCCUCGCUCGGCAGCUCACAUGUCGCCGGCCCUGACUGCAAGCCGCCGUGGGAGUUCCAUCUCAACCGCGGGAAUGAUGCAAACUUCCAUGUGCAGUAGUCCGUGUGAGCUUGGCGACGAGUGUGAUCGAGCAGACAAAUGCAGCAUGAACGACGAGUGCGAUGGGCUUGACUGUGACCUCACUGAGACGUGCGAUCUUGAAGCCUGCGGCAUGGAUGGCCACUGUGACGAUAUGAACUGUGACCAGCAGGAUCACUGUUCUGCUCCAGAUUGUAGCGAAGCACUCACCUGCGAUGAGGCUCAAGCUGCCCUUGCACUAUGCUAUGUAACGCAAAGCCAUGAUCAGGUCUCUCAGCUGCCUAAUCAAGCCUAUCAGGUACAAUUUCGAGGUUAUCCGCAGCAAAUACAACAGCAACAAUCGCCUGAUUAUGCAUACUAUGGCAACCAAGCCUACGGGCAGCAGUCUCAGCAGGCGCAGAUUCAUCAACAGCAGCUUCAGCACCAGCAACGGCGUGAACAGAGCCGAAUCCAGCACCAACAGACUCGGCAACGGGAUCUUCAAUGCCUCCAAGAACAACACCGUUUUUCGGAGGAUUACAGAAAACUCUACGAAAGAGAACUUCGACGAAUCCAGCAACAAGGGCAAUCGCAUCAUAGCUCAUCACAGGUCCCAGAAAAUGUGAUUGGAGCAGCGGCGAUUUCAUCCCUUCAGAAUAUCAACUUUGUUAACCUCGAAACACAUCAACGCCAAUCAACAGCCCAACCCAACCAUGUCUUUCAACACAUUCUUGAGUACCACAGGGAUCCUCAGAAAUCAUCAUGCCAAGGUCCUUGUAUCGUCGAUGAACCGGGCAACUUCAUGUUCUGCCCAUUCAGCUGUGUGACGGAACAUCCGCAACUUCACAAUAUCGGCAUCACUGAUACAACGCUACCACAACCAUUCUUCGACGAGCUGUUUCCAGGCUUAGCGAACAUCCCGGAUUCGAUGAAGUCUUGUCAUGGGCAGGGCUACGCUAGCGCGGAGCAACUAAUCUCACAUAUGCAUGCCUGCCACAACACCAUUCUAUCCCAAUACCUCCAGGGAAAUACAACACCACUCCUCACUCACUCACAAGAUCCAUCUCAAAUUCAACAGUAUUCACCCACAAGCUCCUCGAACGUGGCACAAUACAUGCAAUUUCAGAAUCUACCAGAACCCAUUGUUGCGCAUGGUUCUUCGCCGAUCACAACCACACAGAAUCUUCAGGCUAAUGUGAUGACCUUGACGCCGCCACUUACCGAUCAAAGCAUAUCCUCACCCAAGGAUGGGAACCAGAUCGCGGAGUCUAACCAGGAGCAACCUUCUAACCCGAACACGUGUCUCUGGCUUGACGACAUGGGAAUCCCAUGUGGGCACAUCUUUGAAGACGCUUCACAGCUCAACCGACAUGUCAUUGAGGAUCAUCUCAGGUACCUUCAGAAAGAGGACAACGAGUAUCUUUGUCGCUGGAUGGGCUGCAAGAGGCAAUGCAAGACCGAGAAAAGAGGUUUUCCACAAAAGAGCAAAAUUGAGCGGCAUUUACAGACACAUACUGGCGACCGUCCGUUUUCUUGCCCCCAUUGCCCGGAUAUGUUUUCGGCAAAGCAGGCUCUUGAACAGCAUAUCCUCAUUCACAAGCAGGAGAAGCCUCUCAAAUGCACAUUUCCGGGGUGUAACAAAAGUUUCAGGCAGCAAAGCGCAAGAACCAUGCACAUGCGUGUCCACACCAAAGAAAGGCCUCUCAAAUGUAACCUUUGCGAUCGAACGUUCAGCGAGUCCUCAAACCUGGCCAAGCAUCGCAGGACGCACGCCGCCGAGGGAUCCUUCCACUGCGAUUUUCCAGGAUGCAAAAAGACUUUCCACCGCCAGGAUCAGCUGCGGAGACAUCUCAAAACCCACGCCAAGAAGGUGGCCCGCCAGGCCAGCGUCAGCCAGGCCAGUGUCAGCGUCAGCCCGCGGCCGUCCGAGGAGCCGGAGCCGGAGUCGGAGUCGGAGAUGCAGCCAUGAAGCGCCUCGCAGAUGCCAGAUCCCAAGGCUCAACUUUCCUUGAGCCCACACACUGACACUAUCACUUCAGCUGUUCUGUUCACUUUGAAAUUACGAACUAAUAUGACCGGGGCGCCUACAAGUCCAUUGUCAACACAAACCGACGAUGGACGGAUAGCCCGCGAAAACGACGAAAGAUCAGCCAGAAAAGAGAAAAGUACUAGAACAAAAGAAAACACGAAAAAAAUACCAGCAGCUAGAGACAAAAAGUCAAAACAUAAUGCUUUAGCCUCGGCCCACAGCAGGGGGAGGCGCAGCAAAAUCCCGAUAACAAAACUCAGAUUUCUAUUCUAAUAACACCUUUUUUCAGACUCAGGGGACAGGAAGCAGGUUCAGCGGAGUUUUGACGGAUCACAAAAGCCUUUUCAGCGUCGGCGCUUCGGCGGCUCCAGACAAGAGUUUUGUUCUUGUCCAAUGUUUUUUUUUUUUUUUAUUAUGUCGUCUUGAAAUGAGUUCACGAACUGGGAGGCGGGAAAAAAAACCUUUUGGCUCGGUGUUUGUCCGUUUGGGGGACCACGAGCGGUGUCGGAGUUUUACGGGCUUUGCCCUCGACUUGUCAUUGUUUGUUGGCAAGGAGCCUGACCUGGGGCAUACAGGGCUGUUGUGUGUUGAUCAUGGUUUGAUAAGUAAGAAAUGCAACAAAAUUGCAUGUACAGCUAGUUGCAACUCUAGUGUAGACUGCCUACCUGGAAAUAGGCUAUAAGCCAUCACCAAUUGUGCUGAUGAGAUUGGCUGGCUUAUCAAUAUCGAUGACAGGGGUGACUACACCCGAGCAGUACUACAGUAAG